AUGCGCUCUUUUACGGGGCCGUUCUUGAGCGGAAGGUUGAGGAUUGUCGCCUAUGCUGCCAUCUGCGUCCUCACCUUCAUUUGUUUGUACCCAUUUUCAGACUACAGGAAGCUUCCAUUUGUACAUCAUGACGCGCCUAUUGCUGUAACUGCCAGUAUAGCUCAUUCGACGUCUACUGUUGUUGAACCGUUGGCAUCUAGCGUUGAGAGCUCUCCUGCAGCUGUCUCGUCAACUCCUAUAUUCCAGCAACCCUCGUUAUCCACCUUUAAGACCUCGACAGCGUCUAAAACGAAAGCCAGAGCAACAGCCACGGCAACAGCAAAGCCAUCCGCAUCCCCAACUCAGCAAGCCGAGAACCACGUCAAGGAGCCGCUCGGCGCCAUCGUAGCCGCUGCAAUGAACACAACCGACAUCGAUUGGAUGCACGAACUAGCAGAUGACUGGACCCUGUUUCCGUAUAUCGUAAACAAUCCCUCACCACCCCUCGAGCUCAGCAUCCCCCAAAACAAAGGCCACGAAGCCAUGGUCUACCUCACCUUCAUCAUCAACCACUGGGACCGCCUCCCCUCCCGCGUCAUCUUCGUCCACGGCCAUCGCAGCAGCUGGCACCAAGAAGGCGACAUCGUCACUCUCGUUCGCUCGCUCCGCCUCCCCGCCCUCGAAUCCGCUGGCUACAUCCCCCUUCGCUGCGACUGGUACCCGUCCUGCCCCGCUGAGAUACGCCCCGUGACCCACGACGCUGUGCAAUGGGGACCCGGCGUGCAUCGCGAAGACGCCGAGCGCGGGAUCUCAGACGCGUGGGAAACGCUGUUCCCCGGGGUAGCGGUGCCGGAGACGAUCGCGUCGCAGUGCUGUGCGCAGUUUGCGGUAACGAGGGAGGCGAUUCAGAGGAGAGAGAAAAAAGCGUAUGAGGGGAUGAGGGAGUGGAUUCUGAAUACGACGUUGAUUGAUGAUGUUAGUGGGCGGGUGUUGGAGAAGCUGUGGGCUUACAUCAUGACAAACGAUGCGGUGCACUGUCCGCCUCCGCAACAAUGCGCGUGCGACUACUUUGGGCAGUGUGGGGAUCGGGACUGGCCGGUGCCACCUGAAGGACUUCAGAUGUGGCCAUCGCAGUGA